CGUGGCCCGGUGGUGUCCGGCUUUCCUUCGGGCUUUCCGGGCGCCUGGUUCACAGAAAGCAGCCGUUAGCGCGUUCUUCGCCGGCUUUUCUUCGUAGUUUCGCGGGUCUCCUCCUGGCAGGGAGCCAAUUCCAAAUGCCCCGCAAUGGAUGAUGACAGUCAGGACGAACUCAUAAACAAGAAUGCUGCAGUAGGCAAAGUUAAAAGAACAAAUGCACUGCUUUUCAGUGAUGCAGAAAGCAGUGAUGGAAAUAGUGGGGACUCAGAUGACACAGGCAGCGAGGAAGAAGGUGAUACUGAUGAAGAUGGAGGCGAAGAGGAUGAAGAAGGUGAAGAUGAAGAUCUAGAAGAUUCUGAGGAAGAAGAGGAGGAGGAGGAGGAAGAUGAAAUGGCUGCUGAGCAACCAACAUAUUCCGUUAAAUCAAAGCAACAACUUAAUGGAAGAGUUGAGUCUUCUUCUGAUGAAGAUGCUGAAAACUGCCCAAUAUGCCUCAACACAUUCAGGGAUCAGGCGGUUGGAACGCCUGAAAACUGUGUCCAUUACUUCUGCUUGGAUUGUAUAGUCGAGUGGUCUAAAAAUGCCAACUCUUGUCCAGUGGAUCGGAUUAUUUUUAAAUCCAUCUGUGUUCGAGCACGCUUCGGUGGAGAAAUCUUGAAGAAAAUUCCGGUUGAGAAUACGAAAUCUCAGCAGGAUGAGCUGGAGGAUGAUCCAACCUUUUGUGCAGUGUGUGGCCGAAGCGACAGAGAAGAUCGUCUGUUGCUAUGUGAUGGCUGUGAUGCAGGGUACCACAUGGAAUGCCUUAAUCCACCGCUGAGUGAGGUACCUGUUGACGAAUGGUUCUGUCCACCGUGUACACCAGCAAAUGCUGUGCAUGCUGAUCCAGAAACAGAUCACGUGAGCGAAGAGGAGGUUGCUUCCCUCAUAGCCGAUGUCAUCCCUACCACCAGUCGCCUGCGUCCCAGUGUUCGAACGCGAGCUAUAGCCCGAACACGUCAGAGUGAGCGUGUGCGUGCAACGGUGAACAGAAAUCGGAUAACAACUGCACAGCGAAUUCAGCAUGUACCAAGGUACUUUAUGUCUUCCCUUCUUGAUGAAACGAUUGAGGCAGUUGCAGCAGGGCUGAGCACAGCAGUGUACCAGAGACCAUUGACACCUCGGGUCACAACCAAGAAGAAACGAAGAGGAGGGAGGAGAAAGAAAGGAACAGGUAAAAAAAUCCACUCAAAAUCAUCUACUGGAAAAAAGAGCACCGGAGCUUGGAUUAAGAGGCGCAAGCGUCGAGCAAAGCGGAGGAAGGGGAGAAAAACCAAAGUGAAAACUGAGGUGACUGCUCGUUCCCGAAUUGCGAAAACCCUUCGUCUUGGCAAGCCAGUACACAGCACUUCAAUCCCUUCCAUGUACAAGCCAAUCGAGCCCUCGCUUGGCCUUAUGAGGGCAGAUAUUGGGGCAGCCUCCCUCUCUGUCUUUGGAGAUCCUUUUGAGCUGGACCCGUAUAACAGUAAUGAAGAGUUUCCUGUAGUAAACUCAGCCUCGCCUGUGAGCAUCAAAAGAAGAGGUCUCUCUCAAUCCGCCCUUAGAUCACACCGCCCUGUUGCUAGGCCUGUUGCUGUGGGGCUUCCUGGGCGAAGUGUGCCUGCCUUGAUACCUGAGCCGGAAACUGAGCCGGCACCUGUGCCUGACCUCUUGGGGAGCAUCCUAACUGGACAGAGCCUUCUUAUGAUGAGUGGUUCUGAUGUUGUCAUUAAUAGAGAUGGAUCAUUAACAGCAAAGAAAGCAGUCCCGUUGCUACGUGGCAAUUCAAGAGUAGAGGAAGGUUUGGAGGACAGUGCCCAGCCAGGAACCCCACUUAGUAGCCCUGGUCGUGAAUCGUCAAACUCCAGACCCACCGUUUCAAAUACUUGCUCCUUAUCCUCAUCAUCACUAAGCAUAGCAAACAAGGCAGUGAAUCCACCACAGGCUACACCUGGAAAGGCACCCAUCAGAUUCGAAUACUCGAUGACUCCAAGGUCUGUCCAGACUCAGAAUCUAGUGAAUCUGAAUAGAUGUGGCCCCAAACUGGGUGAAGUGUCCAGAUUUAAUGGAAGCUCUAAGCUGCCUGUGGCCCCUUUUUCUGCAGCUUCUACAUCACUGUACAACAACUCCAGUUCAGUCUCAAAACCGAUACCUAUUAGGCUGCCUCUAAAAUCUUCUCCUAAAAGGCUUGAUAUCUCUGAACUUCCCAGGAUACCAAAGAUUAAAAAGGAAACCAACAGUGAACAUCUUGGAUCUCAAUCUGUCAGUGACCGAAGUGGUGACAUUCCCAGCUCUUGUAUUACGCAAUUGACUGGCAAAGGAAACACAAACCAGCCAAGUAGAGGUAGUAAAAUGGAAAGCAGCAAACCAAAUACCACUCAGCGGCAAGCACAGACAAGUGGAGGCUCUCCUUCUGCAAAGGCUGUUGCCCAUGGCAGUUCCAUGCUUCCCCCAACACGGGGGAAAGCUGGAAGCUCUUCCUUCGAGAGCUUUAAGAUCAACAUCCCUGGAAACGCUGGGCAUUCCAGCAGACUGUCUAAUCCUGGAUUUUGCAAUACUUUCCGACCGGUUGACAGUAAGGUGGAACAGAAGGAGAAUCCCUCACCCCUCUUUUCACUGAAAAAAACAAAACCGAUCAAAAGUGAAAUCUAUGAUCCUUUUGAUCCGACAGGCUCUGAUUCAAGUUCAACCAAUAGCAGUCCUGAGAGGUUGCCCCUCGCGAAUAUCACCAGAACAAUAUCUAUAGCAAGUCCAAAAGUUCAGACGUUCCAAACAGUCCGCCGCUUCACACCUUACACGCUGGAGAACAUAUUUGGAUCAGGGGCCGAAUUGUCUGAGGUGCCAUCAAGUAACACAGAGUCUCACGUUGAUGUGGUGGUAAAGGAGAGGCUUGUAGAACAGGUCUCUGAUACAGAGCAAGAACAAGUGGAUGAAGAGUCCAAUACACCCUGUACGUCAUCUGUCAUCAAGCAAGUUACUGAUGCCGAGCGCUUAAAUGAAGAUGAGGAUAGUCCUAGGAUAGUACUUGAAGAUGACCUGUCUAGGGUGAAAAUAGAGUUGGAAAGUCCCAUAAGAGAAAGUGAUCAGCAAAACAUACUUAAAAAUGAGCAAGCAGAGAAGCGAUCUUUUUCACGAUCCCCAUCAAAUUCCAGUUCACGAAGCCAGAAAAAAAGAAAAAGAAAAAAGGCUCCAGUGAAAGAAUACAAAAGCACUCGAUCGAGAUCGAGAUCAAGAACAUCUUCAAGGGAGAGAAGCUCCAGAUCUACGUCCCGCUCAGUUGAAGAAAAAUCCAGUAAAAGCCAUAGGAUUAAAUCAAAGGCCCGGCAGUCGUCAAGCGACCGCUCCAGUAGUCAUGAGCGAUCAAAAAGAAAGAAAGCAAAGGAUAAAACUAAAGACAAGAAACCGAAAAGUUCCUGGCCAAAAGAACGCAAGAGAUCUAGAUCGCGAUCUGGUAGUCCCACCAACUCUCCCUUUGAGUUAUAUGAAAGCAGGAAAAAGAAAAAGCACUCUGCCUCUAGAGCAAGGGAACGAGAAUGUUCCCAUUCAAAUAGUGCUGAGAGAACUAAAAAAAAGAAACACAGAAGAGAGAGAAGCUGUGACAGAUAUGAGAAGGAGAGGACCUCAAGGUUACGAGAGAGAAAAAGAUCCAGAUCCAGGUCUCGAGAGAAGCGAAAAAGGAGAUCAAGGUCACCCUCUGCAUCAAGAUCUCAAGAGUCCAGAGGAACUAAAUCUAGGGAGAAACAACCACAAUCCAGGUCUCGGUCAAAAGAAAGGAAACAUAAGCCCAAAGAGAUGUCGCCCCUACCUCUUCAAGAGAAGGGCCAGAGAUCUUCAGAUGACAACCUAGACAGUUCUGUUGAACAUGCUCCCUCUUGGGUACAAGAGCUGGAAGAUACCGCACAAGAAGCCUUGAACGUUCAUCUAGACCUGAUGCCUGAAGAGAUUUCUUCCAAGGAUGACAUAAUGAAAGUUGACUUAGAAGAGGCUUUUGCAGAGGAGCAAGUCUGUGAGGAGUUUGUAAAUGACAUAAUUCCUUCCCAGGCAGUGUGCGUAAGUUCUGGUGUCUUACUUGACAAUGUAGAUCCUUCCAUAGAGAAUGAAUUGACAGUGGACUAUGAUUCGCCUGGACAUGGUAGCCAAUGCAGUGUGAAACUGGAGGAAAUUGAAGUUAAAGAAGAAGAAGAAGAAGAUGAUAGUGAUGUAUGCCCAUUUUUAACAGACUCUCUUCCAGAGAGGGAGGAAGUUGUACAGAGUCAUAGUGAGGCCGCACCAACUCAGACUUUGGCUGAAAUUAAAACAGAGGCUCAAAGUGGAGACCCUGUGUUAGAUGAGAAUCCAGCUGAUGUAAAUAAGCCUGACUUGGAGCCAGUAGCUCAAGGUCCUGUGUUGAAAUCAAAAGCACUAGUAAAAAGGGUCACAUGGAAUCUUCAAGAGGAAGAAAGUGAUACGUUGACUGCAGACAAAACACCAAGGGUGCCAUUCUGUAAGCAGCAGAGGACAAAAGAAGGGGUCUGGAAAGCAGAGGAUUUGACCCAAACAUUAAAUCAGGUUUACAACCAAGCCCUGCCUCUGACAGCGCCGCUGCCCUCAAGCCUGCCCCCCUAUGCCCCCGUUAGCCAGCCCACCGUUCAGUUCAUCAUGCAGGGGAGUCUUCCGCUGCUCACCUGCGUGGCAGGGCAAGGCUUGACUCCAGAGCCCGGCAAUCUGGCCACCGCUUCGGAGCCAGGCAUUCAGGCCGCUUCCACGGGAGAUCCGGAGGAGAAAGUCAAAGCACCUAAGUCGCCAAUGGAUAAAACCAAAAAUGAAGAGUACAUGAAGAAACUUCACAUGCAAGAGAGAGCUGUGGAAGAAGUGAAACUUGCAAUUAAGCCCUUUUACCAGAAGAGGGAGAUCACCAAGGAGGAAUACAAGGAUAUUCUGCGGAAGGCAGUGCAAAAAAUCUGUCAUAGCAAAAGUGGCGAAAUCAACCCCGUGAAGGUGGCUAAUCUAGUCAAGGCUUACGUGGAGAAGUACAAACAUAUGAGGAAACACAAGAAGACUGAUGCGGAAGACGAGCCUCAUGAAAUGGGGAACUGAGAAGAGCCCAACCCCCAGGAUGAAACUGGGCAAAGGCUUUUCUACAGGAGGAAUUCUUCCUCCUCCAGAGGAAGACAGGGAUAUGCAAUUGCAUGUUGCAACCGCUCCCCCUGCCCUGACCCCCAACUUCAGAAACUGAAUGCAGUAGGACCUUUCCACAGGGAGACACAUUUUCACAUAGGAGUAGAAUCUCCUCUUGGAUUUGAUAGCAGUCUGAGAACCAAAUGGCAGUAAAUCCCACUUAACUUGUGGAGAAACUCUGGACAAAGGAAACUGUGUGGGGGCGGGGGCGGGGGGCGGGGGCAGGGUAACCCUAUCAGUUGUCAUGGUUUUACUUGGAUCACUUUUUUUGUCUGUGCAUCUGUCCUCACAGUUUAAAGAAAACACUUUUAUAUGCAGUAUACGGCAAUGUAUGCUGCCCCCAUUGUGUUCUUAUUUAUCAGAAAUAUGGAUUCUUUAGAGAUUUCUCAGAAAUUGGUUUAAUACUUGAACUGUGGUAUUUUUAGCCUGUUCUAUGAGGGAAAUGUUGACUCGCUCUGUCAUAUGGGAGGUACAGACAUGCGCUAACCUUUAUAAAUUCUCUUCUGAAUAUACUGCUUCGGAGGUGGCAUUUAUUUACAUUUUGUCAGUAUAUCUCAAUGAGGAACUUCAUUUGGGAUUGUUCGGGCCUUGGUGAUGGGGGAACCAAACUAUGGAGCCCCUCUAUGUGGAUAAUGUGCGGAAGGCUGGUUGUGAGUGGGGUUUUGCAGUCGAGGAGACAAAAAGAGCAAAGUUUGCAAACUUUCAUUAGCAAACCCGAGGAACGCGGCAGAAGUAUGUACAAAACAGAAAUGUGACAAUUUAUAAAGUUAUUUUCAAUUGUU